UGAGUGAGUGUGAUAAUAUGACAUCAAUCUUGUGUCAAAAUAACCAACUUGUGUAAACAAAAUCCUCAGGGGCUGAUGCAUAAAAGCUUCUGGUGCUCGCUGAGCUUCCAUUGGUCCGAACAACUCAUCAAACGCCUGCAUUUAUUUCAUUUCUUUUUUCUUCACGAAAUUAAACCUCAAGUCUUCAACAAGAAUCAACUAAUCUUCGCGUAUAAUUGGAUAUAAAUACUCUGUCGCAUAAUUUUUUCGUAUAUAUUUGAACUUGCAGCUCAAGAAAUUUCACUGAUCAACGGGUUCGCGAUGGCUUCUCCUGCUGAAUACUACAAAUCUCUUCCACCAAUAAGCAAGGCUUAUGGGACUGCUUGUUUGGCUGUAACAGUUGCAUUUGCACUUGGGGUAGUCAAUCCUGCUAACAUUGCGUUGUUGCCUGAGCUGAUUUUCUACCGUUUUCAGGUGUGGAGAUUGAUAUCAAAUUUCUUUUUCCUUGGCAAAUUUUCCAUCAACUUUGGGAUUCGCCUCUUGAUGAUAGCUAGAUAUGGUGUUCAACUUGAGAGUGGUCCUUUUCAAAGACGCACGGCUGAUUUCCUAUGGAUGAUGAUUUUUGGAGCCUUAUCACUGCUGGUUUUAUCCUUUAUCCCCUACUUCUGGAGCCCAUUCUUAGGAGUAUCACUUGUCUUCAUGCUUCUAUAUGUUUGGAGUAGAGAAUUCCCGAAUGCCAACAUCAAUAUUUAUGGACUUGUGACAUUGAAGGCAUUUUAUCUCCCGUGGGCCAUGCUGGGUUUAGACGUGAUCUUUGGAUCACCAAUUAUGCCAGAUCUCUUAGGCAUCAUAGCUGGCCAUCUGUACUACUUCCUAACGGUGCUGCAUCCGCUUUCCACUGGGAAGACCCUGCUGAAAACACCAAAAUGGAUACACAAAAUGGUGGCAAGGUGGAGAAUUGGUUACCCGACGAGUAGUAACCGCACAGAGCCUGAGAGGAGUUCGGGUGUAGCAUUCCGCGGGCGAUCUUACCGUCUUUCUGGGUGAAGAAAAUAUGAUGUUAAAAUUUUUGGAAUGGGAAAAUUACUCACAGUUGUUAUUAACACAGAUAUGCUGUUUGGAGAGGACAAAGGAUUAGGUAUACAAUAUGUUGUCAAACAGUUUGAAUGUGAUGUCACGGAUUAACUCUUUUGCUUUCUUUUUAUUACCAACAUUUUUCUAAUGCCACUGGGUACAAUUCAAUAGAGUAUUGUUUUUCAUUUCCAUAAAGUUCAAUGACAUUA